CAAAUUAUAUAUUAUUAUAUUUCAAUUACAAAAUAAUUAUUUAUUCUCAUGCAUAUUAAAACCAACGGCACUUUACCACUAAAUUACAUAUGCCAGUAUUGUUUUUCAUUGAAAAUCUUUUCUUUCACAAUAUCAUAAUUACAAAAUGCUUAAUUAGGAAAUAUCAACAUAUAAUUUAUAGCAUUUGAGAAAGAAACUAAAAAGUCAAAAAUUGAUUUCAUCAAUUCACUUAAAGAGCAUUUAUUAAAUUUUUUAAUGUUUUUUAUCAAAAUAAUCCAACAAAAAUAAAUAGUGUUAGAGUUGUUGUAUGAUUGUGUGGGAUGAUUGAGCAAAAGCAUAAAAGAGAGAGUUUCUAAUGAGAAAACCCUUAACUGUUGCAUACUUGUGUUAUAAAGAACCCAAAGUUUAUAUACUUUGAGAAUAUUUUAUUAAAACUAGACUAACCAAACUAAUUUAAGAUCUCGUCCCAAAAAAAAAAAAAAAAAAAACUUAAUUUAAGAUCAAGUUGCUUGUUCUACAAGUAAGCGACCUCCAUAGAGUUUCCAGCGUAACCAAGGCCGAUUACUUCUCUCUCUGAAACCUAAAUUUGGAGCGCACACAAACUCUGUGCAGCGUAGUUUCCAUGGAGUUCAAUUACAGAGCAAUGGACAAAAGAGCCUCCACUCACAUCCCUUCUUCCUCUUCAACCACUCAGCCUCGUCGGCCUCUUCCAUUCAAUGCCAACAAUGCCCUAUUAACCGCAAACAUGGCUUUAAACAACAACAACGACAUAGCAUUGGCUCGGCAGCGCCUCCAGUUGGAAGAACAGGAGAUGAGGAGAGCAGAGAUGAUAAUGAUGAUAGAUCAGGGAGAGAGGCAGAGACUGAUAAAGAUGAUGAACGAUCUGAGAGAGAGGCAGAGAAAGAUGACAAUGAUGAUGGAGCAGAGAGAGAAGGAGAUAUCUUAUAUAAAACAACUCCAGAACUCAUCGGAAGUUGGCUUUUUUGACAAGUUCUACAACUGCAUGGGCAUGGCCAAGAACAAGUUCCUCCCUUCCUUGACGGUGAAUCAGCAGCAGCAGCAACACCGCAGCCCUACCAUGCUCUCGGGUAAUGUGGCGGCGCUUCAGAUACGGACUACUCGGCCCGUUAUUCAGCCUUUGUCUGAUAAUAUAAAGGAAUCAGUUGUAGAGGAUAAGGUUAUGCAGACAAAGUGUGUUGACUUUGAUGUUUCUGAAAAGAGGAAAGCUGAAACACCAGUGGUUGCAGAUGGUAAUGACCCUAAUGAGGCCACUUCACUAAAUACUGAUAAGAAAAGACGAAUUGAAUGGAGCUGCUCUCUGUGUCAAGUAAUAAACACAAGCAAACAAAACCUGGACCGACACCUGAAAGGGAAGAAACACAAGGACAGGGUGGAAUUGUCAAAUGCUAGUAAGUCAUCAUCACUAGAGGAGGAGAGUGACAAUGAUGAAGGGAAGGCCGAGGAGGCAUUGUUAAAUGCCAGUAAGACACCCGAAGACAGUAACAAUGAUGAAUUCCCAGUAGAUGGAAGUCACAAGCAUCACAAAUUCUGGUGCCAGAUGUGUAGGGUUGGGACUACUACUGAAGCUUUGAUGAAAGAACAUUGCAAUGGAAACGAACACAUGAAUUUACAGCGAAAAUAAGGAGGGGCCAUCAUUGCCUUAUCCACGAUAUCAGGGGAUGUCCAAGAAGUUGAAGACACAGCUGCCAAAAACUGAUUAAUAUGAAUAAAAAGUUGGUAACUUAAAUGUAUUGAUAUGGGAGUUGUUUUGGAGAUAAGGAGUUAGUCGUAUGUGGAAUCCCACAUUAAUAAGGAGAUGGAUUCCUUUAUUAUAAAUU